AUGUCAGAAAAUGCUGUAAACGCGGAAGAGCUUGCCGCCGAUCGCUCGAAGAUGAUGAUUUCCGACACGGAUGUGGCGAUUGAAAUCAACAACAUGAACAAAUGGUACGGUGACUUUCACGUACUUCGCGAUAUCAACCUGAAGGUCAUGCGCGGCGAGCGUAUCGUUAUUUGCGGACCAUCCGGAUCCGGCAAAUCCACCAUGAUCCGGUGCAUCAAUCGUCUUGAGGAGCAUCAGGCCGGCCAGAUCGUCGUGGAUGGGAUCGAACUGACCAACGAUCUCAAGAAAAUCGAUGAAAUUCGCCGUGAAGUCGGUAUGUGCUUUCAACACUUCAACCUGUUUCCGCACCUGACCAUUUUGGAGAACUGCACGCUGGCUCCGAUCUGGGUUCGCAAGAUGCCGAAGAAGGAAGCCGAAGAGGUCGCGAUGCACUAUCUUGAGCGCGUCAAGAUCCCGGAGCAGGCACUGAAAUACCCCGGUCAGCUGUCCGGUGGCCAGCAGCAGCGUGUCGCAAUUGCACGUUCGCUCUGCAUGAGCCCGAAAAUCAUGUUGUUCGAUGAGCCGACUUCCGCUCUUGACCCGGAAAUGAUCAAGGAAGUCUUGGACGUGAUGGUCGGUCUCGCCGAAGAAGGCAUGACCAUGCUCUGCGUCACCCACGAAAUGGGCUUUGCGCGCAAAGUCGCGAACCGCGUGAUCUUCAUGGAUGCGGGCCAGAUCGUGGAACAGAACGAACCGGAAGACUUCUUCGUCAACCCUCAGCACGAACGUACCAAACUGUUCCUCAGCCAGAUCCUGCAUCACUGA